CAUAAUUUAAUUAGCCUUUAUUUUUUAACGUUACGUAUCUCGAAAAUGUAUUAACCUAAAUUAACGACUAAAUAUAACGGUUUCAGUAAACCUCGGAAUGUAGGUGUGCCCAUAGCAUGCAAUAAACGUCCUUGGCAAAAAGUUACCGUCACUGUACUGUCCCUAUCAAACAACAACUCAAACCAGCCUUAGAUGGUUUAUUGGUCUCCACACCUGGAGCCCAUACUACAUCGCCAUGCUUCCAGAUAUAAAGUGGACUUGCAUGCUCCCGUGGUUUCCUGUAAACCACAUGACUGAAACAACUUGUUCAGACUUGCUUCCCCUCCAGCAAUUUCAGGUAAAGAUGGGACGUUACAGAUGGGAAGCACUAACUGUCUUGUUCCCACUUUUGCUGUAUUUAGCUUUCAAAAAUCUUCACUGGCUUUACUUAAUACAUUAAUCCAUGAUUAUGAUGUCAAACUAAUGCUUUACAUUUCAAGGUGAGGCACUUUAGUAAAAGACUUUGACAUGAAUGACUCUGAUAACAGGCAUAAACACAAGUAUGCAAUUGCAUAGAAAAAAACUGUCAAAAUACAUAAUUGAUGCAUAUGAUCUAACCUAAAUAUUGAUAACAAUAGCUGUAUUUUCCCUUUAUUGCAUGACCUGCUUCAUGCAGUUUUGGACUUGUAACUAGGUCAAUUAUUGCUUAUACAGCUUAAAAUCUUAAAGAUGAGCUUCAGAGCACCAUUGUAGCAAAGUAGGUUAGAGCUUCUUCUUCUUGUUGUUGUUCUUCCGCUCUGGAAGUCUAUGGCUGCCCAUUGAACCACUUGUGGGAAAGUUAUGAAAUUUGGCACACUGAUAGAGGACAGUCUCAACAUUAACCACAACAAAUUUGGUGUCUUCAAUUCAAACUCCCUAGCGCCACCACUUGUCCAAAUUUGCAGUCAUGUUUAUGCUAAUAAAUUUUGAACCAUAAGGUCUAGAAGAAAAAUCCUUUUCCCUCUGAUUCCUAGGCUAAUGCAGAGUUGAAUGGACUCAUUUGACUCUUUCGUCAAAUUGGCUCAGAUCAUCUUCAGACCAUGCUGGUAAAAAGUUAUCAAAAGCUUUUUGAUAGACCCAUCAGUUCUCGAACACCGCACAAACAAAUUUGACAAAAAGCUUGCCAAAUCGGAGGUUAUGUCUUUCCAAUGUUUUGUUGUAUUCAGACCAAACUUGGUGUGUGUUAUGAUAAACUUGACCUGACGUUACUUGCAGAGUUCUGCCUCAGUGCCACCUAGUGGUCUGGAGACUUGUCUAUUUAGAUUCAGAGCAGCAUACUGAGUGAAAAAAUAUAAUGUUUUUUUGUCAAUUUGUUUUAUAUUUUAUGAACGUAUUGACAUGUCACUUAUAAACUCUGUAUUUGUCUUCAGCACAUUAAAAAACUCACUCAGAAAUUGCUGGUAAAAUUCACAAACAAUCAGCAGAAACAGCAGUGUUUAAAAAAAAUAAACUAGUUGUGUUAUAUAACUUUCUCAAAACAAUGUUGCGACAGUUUUUAGCUUGUGGCUCCCUGGAACACUUAAAACUAGUUAAAAAAAUAUAUUUUUAUAUAUUUUGCCCGCUAAAUUUGUUUCACUCAACACCCUCUCUCAUUUCCUUUGUUUUAAAAUAAUUUAAAAUAAACAUUUCAUGCCUGAAGUUCAAGGCUUUCUCAACAAAAUCAAUAUAGGGGUUUUCUAUUGAACCUUUGUGGUUUGUAAGUGGUCAUUGUUGGCUUUAUUACUCUGAGAUUACUGGAAGGUUUGCCACUUCCUCCGACAUUGUGCAACUGAGAAACCAAGGGUAUUUUCCCCCAGUGAAUGUACUUUUAAAUUAAUUGUUCUGCAGAUAAAACUGCACAUACAUUUGUCCAUUUUUGGGUUAAUGCCUUAAGAAUGUUUUGCCAUGCGUUCAGGAAGAUCACACGUUUUACCUGCUCUGAGAUGGGUCACAGAUCACACUUGGCUUCUGACAGCUGAAGUGGAUCUUGUGAAAUGUGUGAUCGCAUCAUUGAUUACUCUUGAAAAACUUAAAGAUGAAGUAGGCAACAAAAGAAAAAUAUCCAAAUGCAAAUAUCCUAAAACAAAUUUAGUGGGCAAAUAUCAGAAGAGAAGAAAUAGUAAAAGAAAUAUAGUGGCAUCUACAGUUGCGGGUAUACAGCUGUACAAUGAGGAGAUUUGCCCCAAAAACAUUUCGCAGUUACUAGAGGCCUCUAUGUCCAAUGUUUUGUUGACUGAACCAGCCAUGCCAUUAAUUAUGAAUUUAUCAGUCUUUUGCAUGCUGGACCAAGCUAUAUGCACUUUCAUGACAUCGGGUCAGCCUACAACAAUUAAUUUAUUGGAUAUUUUACUAAUUGGAAUACAAUGAAUUCAUGACAAUGUUUUACAUUCAAGCUACCCAUAAAAUUUAAAGUGAAAAGUACUUUAAAAGCAUCUGGAAAGCAAUAAAGUCAUAUUUAAAGCUGUUUUUAAAGCAUUUGCUGCAUGGAUAAAAAAAUAGGCUAAUAAACAAUUCCUCAUAUCAGACACAAAUUGUGUUGCAGCAAGUCUUAAGCAGUCUGUGGCACUUCUCAGGUGUUAUGAGAGCCAGGUUGCUCUGAUAGUGGCCUUCAGCUUUUCUGCAUUGUUGGGUCUGGCAUAUCGCAUCUUCUUCUUCCCAGUACCCCAUAGAUUUUCUAUGGGGUUAAGGUCAGGCGAGUUUGCUGGCCAAUUAAGAACAGGGAUACCAUGGUCCUUAAACCAGGUACUGGAAGCUUUGGCACUGUGCGCAGGUGCCAAGUCCUGCUGGAAAAUGAAAUCUGCAUCUCCAUAACGUUGCUCAGCAGCAGGAAGCAUGAAGUGCUCUAAAACUUCCUGGUAUACAGCUGCGUUGACCUUGGACCUCAGAAAACACAGUAGACCAACACCAGCAGAUGACAUGGCACCACAAACAAUCACUGACUGUGGAAACCUUGUAGUUUUUCUCAUCUCUGUUGCUAAUGAGACCGACUACAGUUCUCCAUCUUCCUGUCAUCCACAUAAUUAAUGAAGAGGUUGGAGUUGUGUGACGGUGUGCAGUUGUGUGUCAGCAGAUUGAAGAGGAGGGGACUCAGCAGCACACAUCCUUGGGGGUCCUCAGUGUUCAGUGUGAUGAUGCUGCAUGUGUGCUGAGUGGACGGCAAUGGCGAUGGUGUCAUCUGUCGAGCGGUUGGAACGAUAUGCAAACUGGAAGGGAGGUGGGGGGCAGACUUGAUAUGAUGCAUGACUAGCCGUUCAAAGCAUUUCAUGAGAAUAGGAGUAAGUGCAACUGGAUGGUAGUCACUGAAGCUGGAUGGACGGCUUCUUCGGGACUGGAAUGAUGGUGGAAGCUUUGAAGCAUGUUGGGACAACAGCCUCAUCUCCAGCUCUAAAUGCAGCGUUCCGCAUCUUCAGGAGACCUCCCUUGUCAACCACGGCUUCUGGUUGGCCCAGAAAGUGACGGUCUUUGUGACUGUUGCAUCAUCAGUACACUUGUUGAUGUAGGCAGUGACGGUCUCUGAGUACUCUUGGAGGUCUGUAGUGUUACUGUAUGUGGCAGCCUGCUUAAACAUUCCAGUCAGUGGUGUCAAAACAGUCUCGAAGUGCCUCUGCCUACCCUUCCGGCCAAAAUUGUAUUUUGUUUGUUUGAUUUGGCGACUUUAACAAGUGGUCUGUAUGCAGGCAUCAGCAUGACAGCAAUGUGGUCUGAGGCACCAAGGUGGUGGAGGGGAAGGGCCUUGUAAGCUUAUCUCUGUGUGGUGUAAACAAAGUCCAGAGUGUUGUUUCCCCAUGUUGGAAAGUUUAUGUGUUGGUGUAUUUUCAGGAAUACACUCUUUAAGUCUGCAUGGUUGAAAUCCCCAAGCAUCAGGGUGGGCUGUCUGCUGCUCACUAUUUCAUGAGAAUCUGCUGCUGGCUGCUUGGCUUGGUCCUUACAUAAAAAAAAAAAAAAAACAAUUACAUUUAACAAACAAAAUAUGCUCAGAGCAAUUAUCCAAAUUAACUUUCUAAAAAAAACAAAACGUAAUAUAAUCACUUUUCCAUUACAUGUAAAACUGAACUAUUUUAGUGAAAUGACAUACAGCCAAGUAUGGUGACCCAUACCCAGAAUUCGUUCUCUGCAUUUAACCCAUCCAAAGUACACACACAUGGAGCAGUGGGCAGCCAUUUAUGCUGCAGCACCUGGGGAGCAGUUUGGGGUACAGUGCCUUGUGCACAGACCCACACUGCACCAGCGCACCAACUACGAGGAAGCCGAGGACCAAACCGCCUCACAUCGACGCCAUUUCACCACCCAACCCUUAAUAAAAUCCACCAUUCGGGGAACUUACCUUCAUCCUCGAGUUGUGUCCUUCUUCACCCCGCCACAGCAUCAUUCAUCUGUGAGCAUGCUCUUGAUAUAUGUAUUUUACCAUUUUGUUGAGUUUGAAACAUGUGACACAUUCAUUCUGCUAUCACUGAUAAAUUGGUCCCCCAUAAAAAGAAAAAAGAAAAAAGAUAAUUACCUACAGGCGUACCUGGUCAUCUACACUAUUUGGAAAAAGAGGCAGCUUUUCUGUGAUGGAUAUGCUUUUAAUUUUUUUAUGUAUUUUUAAUGUUGAAUAAAUGUUAUAUAAAUAUAUUAAAUGUAGAACAUAUAAAAAAGUGUUUGUGGCUUGUCUGCCAGUGCACCCCAAGCAUUAAAGUGAAACUCCACCUAUGAGUACAAUGCGCCAAUAUUUGCUCUAUUGUGUUUCAUGAAUGAGGCCUUUUAACUGUUUUCUCAUGCAUGUGCUUUACAUUAAGAUAUGAUACCAUUAGGGCAAAAACUGUAACCUUCCAGUGCAAAUUACAGUUUACCUGUAAGAUGCAUGGUUUGCAAUACCUAUUAUUUAUAAGAGCAAAGAAAAAUAGAGAUGCAAAUAAGUGAUUGUAGUAUAGUUAUAUGAAGUAAAUUCCUCUGCAAAAAAAGAAAAAAUUUAAAAAUGUAAAAUUUGGACCAAGUCAAAAUUUUAUUAAUAUUUAGCCUGUAAUGGUGCAUAUUUUUAGUUAGAUAGGUCAAUGUAAUUCCAUUCAGUAUUGAUGGCUUCAAACAGAUAGGAGUUAAAAAAAAUAUCUCCCAGUUAGUUGGAGUUUAUGUGAGACCAAAUAUUCUUAUUUGGUUCAAAUCUGGACUCUGACCAGGCCAAAACACAAGCCUGAUGGACUUGUUUUGAAGCCAUGUCUUGGUUAUCUUUGUAGCAUUGGCAGGAGCAUUUUCUUGUUGAAAAAUAACAUCCGAUCGUUUUUUUUUUAGACAACAAAUUUUCAAUUGUGAUAAGCCAGCUAUUCUGCAGUAUUCUUUUAUGUUCCAAAGCAUUAUUUGACUAUUGUGGUAGGUGCAUUCAGAUCUUCAAAGACACCGCUCUGCCUCUUCACCAUGCAACUUUGUGUUUUAUUGUGAUGCAUGUCUUUGAUAGUUUGUUAAACAGAGAUAGUGUGUUUUGCUUAAUUCUUAAUUGAUCCCUUAACCUAUGAAUAAAUCCAUUAAAAGAUUAUAUAGAAGUAUAAGGAAUUGAAAAUCUUUUGAUGCAGAUGUGUUUUUAUUUUUAUUUUAUUCUAUUUCUUUAUGUUUACUAUAAAAUCUCUAGCACUUUUUUUGUUCUUUCUAACAUGAAUAUGAUUGACAUGAAUAGACUAUUGGCACGAAUAGACUGUUGUUUUUGGAAAGCAACGGUAAAUUAGAGCGGGAAAGGAUAACAUCGUGCCAAGUUAUGCUUUUUAAAAAAAGAAACUGAGUUGUGCAUAAUUGGUUGGAGGGCUGUGCUUCUGAAAAUCAUCCAAAUAAUAAUAUCUUUACAAUAGUUAUGCUCUUUGUGUUGUUAUGUGCUUCACGGAAAAGCACACACCCUUGAAUCUGUGCCAAGCUUUCUGAUACCAAAAGUCAUUCAAACUAUUCAUUUUUAAGGUAAUGACUUGUGUUGAAAAGGAAAGUUUGGAAAGGUCUAGAAUAGAUUAUGCAAAUUAUUUCUGUCCCCGCUAAAGAGAUUUUAGACAAAUUCAGGGAAAUUAAUUUUGUCCAUCAGUCAAAUGGGUUUAAAAAUGUUGAGCCCAUUGAAAAUCUGGGAUUAAAAAAUAUAAAAUGUGAUUUAAAAAUAAGCAGAAUGUUUUGUCAUAUGAAUCAUUAUAGAUCAAAUUAUGACUAGCUAAAUAUACAGAUAAUUCUGUCUAUAUAGGAAUAUGCAAAAACUAAGAAAUUGAAAAAAAAAUUCAGUUCGCUCAAAUUGCUAAACUGAAAAUUAGAAAUUUUCUGUAAAAUGUGAAAAAAACUAGUAAUCUAGUAGCAGAAAUCAUAUAAAAUAAUUUUUAUAGUUUCUUUAGAGAAAAACGAAAGUUGUGUGCAUCAAACCGUUAUGCAAUUUAAGAAAGACGUAAAUAUUUCUCUGAGAGUUCAGCAGAAUUUGUGUGUCCGGUCGUUUAUGAGCUGCGAUAAAUUGAUGAUCAGGUCAUGCAGCCCUGCAGACAAUUAUACGGGAAUAAGUGGGGAGAAAAGCCAGUAAAGAAUGUGGGAAUGAUAAAUAGUUUUGAAACUGAUGCAUUUACAAGAUAGGGGUGGAGCAAGUACGGUAAGUCUUAGUGUGAAAGUGAAAGCUUGCUCAGUUUUUGUGUAUAAAUACCUGCUCCUGAUACCUGCAUGUUACACCUGUGCACAAUUGUCUGAUGAGCUUGCAGCGAUCAAACACAAAGACAAGAAUGCAGACCACAGCAGUUACUCUCCUGGUCCUUACUGCAGUCCUCUGGGGCAACAUAGAAGCUUUUUCAGACACAGCUGUGGACUGCUGUCUGACUACCAAGGACACUCGCAUUCCAAUACAGAUUGUUGCAUCCUACUUUCACCAAACCACAGAGAGUGGCUGUCCCAUUCCAGCUACUGUAUUCAUCACAAAAAAAGACAAGAAGCUGUGCUCUCCACCAGAGAAAAACUCCUGGAUUUCCAAGAUCAUCACACACUUAGACAAGAAGAAAAAUACUCCUCAGUAGGAACACAGAUGGGAGGCGUACAUGAUGACACUCUGCACUGAGCAACACUGAACUAGACUGGAAAUGAAUACACUUAAUCAGUAACUGUCACAGUGAUUUUUAAAAGACAUUUACAAAGUAAUUUGUGAAUCAUGCAGAUAUAGGGAAUGCAUGAUGGCCGAACUUUGUAAAUGGUAAAAGCAGAUAUGCUAUGUGUAUAUAUUUGACUGUACUGUUUUACUGUAGCAAUUAUGAGUCUCACAUUUGCAUGAAUUAUCCUGUGAGCUGUGACUGUAUUUUUAGCAUACUUUGUGUGACUGUAUUUUUUUAAGAAUGUGAAUAAAUUUGCUUUGUUAAAU